AUGUGGUCUCAGCUCAUCAGUCUCUUGAAUCUAGUGGAUCAACCAGAAAAGUCCAACGAGGUCUUCCAGAGGUGGUUCAAUCCCUACGACAUGCCCGUGGUAGAAGACGUGUUUGCUCGUAUGUGGGAUGCAGUUGAGCCGCCCAAAACCAACUCGAAGCGAGAUAAUACUCCCAAGGUCUGGAUUACGAGCAGGGAUAUUGGCGAUAAAUGCGGUUCGGGUUCACCACUUGCGUACACGGGGUCUUUCGGGGCUUUACCCGAUGACAUCCGGAAGAAGAUGGUCAGUCAGUACUCGAUGUCUAACCAGGACUGCAUUAUCCACUUCUGUGAGAAACCUCUGGACUAUAUUCUAGAACGCCAAUUUGUCGACUGCGACGAGAUUCCGCUCAAGCGAAUGAGCUUCUCGGUCGCUGGCAAUGCCACAGCAACUUUACUUCAUGAGCUCAUGCUAGAUGAUGUCUUCACCGGUGGCAGUGGAGAGGGAAAGGAGAUAUACGACCCAUAUCAAUGCAGCGCGGUCACAGACGACUGCUCCUCGGGAACUGCAGUUCGGAAUCCACAGAACUACCAAUACUAUGCAGCAAACCGAUAUUGGAACAACAAGUGCUCAUUCGAUUUGAAAGCUCCGGCCCCGAAGCCUCCUCCAAAGAGCGAUGCAUUGAAACAAUACGUUGUGGGCACGUAA